AUGAUUAAAAAAAAUAAUAAUAGUAAUAAUAAUAAUAAUAAUCCCAUAAUCAUUAAAGAUGGUACAAAUUGUUUUUUUAAAGAAAUUAAAGAUGUUUUAAAAUUUUCAAGGAAUUGGAAUUUAAUUAUUCUUGUUUCAACAAUUAAAUUAUUAUUAAUACCAUCAUAUCUAAGUACAGAUUUUGAAGUACAUAGAAAUUGGUUAGCAAUUACAUCAUCAUUACCAAUUUCGAAAUGGUAUUUUGAAAAUACAUCAGAGUGGACAUUGGAUUAUCCACCAUUUUUUGGAUGGUUUGAAUAUUUUCUUUCAAAAUUUGCAUAUUAUAUUGAUAGUGAAAUGUUGGUAAUUGAUAACCUUGGUUAUAAAUCAACAUCAACCAUAUUAUUUCAAAGAUUCUCUGUAAUCAUUUCAGAUUCUUUAUUCAUUUUAUCAACUUUAUUAUUAUCAAAUUAUAUAUAUAAUAUAAUAAUUAAAAAAAAUAAUAAUAAAAAUAAUAAUAAUAAUAAUAAUAAUAAUAAUAAUAAUAAUAAUAAUAAUAAUAAUAAUAAUAAUAAUAAUAAUAAUAAUAAUAAUAAUAAUAAUAAUAAUUUACAUUGGUACCAUGAUAAAUCAUUUAUUAUUUCUUCAAUUAUAAUUUUAAAUCCUGGUUUAUUAAUGGUUGAUCAUAUCCACUUUCAAUAUAAUGGAUUUUUAAAAGGAAUUCUUAUACUAUCAAUUUAUUUUUUAGUUAGAGGAAAUAUAUUAAUUGGUUCAAUAUUAUUUAGUGUAUUAUUAAAUUUUAAACAUAUUUAUAUGUACAUGGCACCAGCUUUCUUUGUUUAUCUCUUAAAAUAUUAUUGUUUAAAAUCAAAUUUAAAUGAUAAUACAACUUCAAAAGUUAACCAUAGUAAGCAACAACAACAACAGGAAUUUACAAUUUUUGGAAUUAAAAUUUUCAAUUUAAUUAAAUUAGGAAUUUCAGUAUUAUCAAUAUUUUUAAUAUCAUUAGGUCCUUUUUUUUAUAUGGGUCAAAUUCAACAAUUAAUAUCACGUUUAUUCCCAUUUGGUAGAGGACUUAGUCAUGCAUAUUGGGCUCCAAAUUUUUGGAGUAUUUAUAAUUUCUUGGAUAGAGUUUUAUUGUUUAAUGGUCUUUAUAAAAAGAUACCAUUCUUUAAGAAUUUUAUAAUACCUGAUCAAGUAACUGGCAAUUUAACAUCUGGUUUAGUUGGUAGUGAAACUCAAUCUCAUAUUUUAUUACCAAAAAUUACACCACAAAUUACUUUAUUAAUUACAAUUUUAUUUUUAAUUCCUUCAAUUUAUAGUAUAUUAAAAAGUAAAAGUUGGAAACAUUUUAUUUUAGGUAUUUGUCAAAGUUCAUUUACAUUUUUUAUGUUUGGAUGGCAUGUACAUGAAAAAGCAAUUAUUAUGAUCACAAUACCAAUGGGUUUCCUUUGUUUGGUAAAUAAUAAAUUCUCAAAGUUAUACUUUUUAUUAUCAACAAUUGGUCAUUAUUCAUUAUUUCCAUUAUUAUUUCAAGUUGAAGAAAUACCAACAAGAAUUUUAAUUUUAGUGACAUAUACUUUAUUAGUAUAUUUAUCAUUUAUUUCAUCAAGUAGUAAUAAUAAUAAUAAUAAUAAUAAUAAUAAUAAUAAUAGUAAUAAUAAUAAUAGUAAACAAAGAAAAUGUUCUUUUUCAUUAGGGUUAUAUUGGUUUGAAAAAUUUUAUUUAUUUGGUAUAAUUUUAUUGGAAAUUUUCAAUGUUUUUAUUCAUCCAGUAUUUUUAGCUCAUAUUGAAAGAUUUUCAUUUAUUUCUUUAAUGAUAACAUCAGUUUAUACCUCAGUUGGUAUUAUUUAUUGUUAUCUUUUCACUUUUAAAUUAAUUUUUAAAAAUGAAUAUUAA